AUGUCGGGUUACUUGACGGGGUCGACUGCUGCUGAGAUCGCGUCUUCAGCUUGGGAAUCAGGCUGCACAUCUCCUCCAUCAGCUUCUUCUCUCCGCUUAGCCCUCCUGCAGCAGAUGUGUACAGACACCACACCCAAACUGCAGCACGAAGACUGGAAUCCGGAAAGGGAUCCGCUUCUCUCCGUUCGCAGUCUCCAGGCCGUCGCAAUCGAAGACGAAGUGCCAAUCCUAAAGGGCAUCGAUCUGGACAUACGAUGCGGCGAAGUGCAUGCGCUUAUGGGAAGAAACGGAUCGGGCAAAUCCACCCUCUCAAAAGUGCUCGCCGGCUCUCCGGCAUACAGAGUCACCGCGGGAAGCGUCCUCUUCAAGGGCUUAGAUCUCUUGUCGCUUCCUGUCGAUCAUCGCGCUAUUUGCGGCCUCUUCCUGGCUUUCCAAUAUCCCCUGGAGAUCCCCAUGGUCACCGGCUUCGAAGUCUUACGGACGGCCGUCAACGAACGGAGGAAAUGGAGGAACGAGGAAGAAGUCAGCAAGGAAGACUUCGAAGAAAGCGUGAAGCCACUCAUGAAGCUUGUGGACUUGCCGUAUUCGUUCUUGCACCGCCCCUUGAACUACGGCUUCAGCGGCGGCGAGAAGAAGCGGCACGAGUUGUUGCAGCUUCUCGUGCUGCGACCUUCCUUGGCGCUUUUGGAUGAGGCAGACUCGGGGCUCGACGUGGAUGCCUUUGCGACUGCAGUCGCGGCGAUCAAGACUUACGCUGAAACGAGUGACGCCUCUUUCCUCAUUACAACGCACUACAGGAAACUACUCGAGGCAGUUCGGCCUCACAAGGUGCACGUGAUGCACGGAGGGCAGAUCGUGGAGAGUGGCGGCAUGGAGCUCGCCGCUCACAUUGAGAACGAAGGCUUUGGGGGCUUUUUGCGCGAUCAGGAGGAGGGGGAGGCCAAGUUCACUUAA